AUGGUUCGCAAGGACCCAAUCUUCGAAGCCCGCACAAAUGUCAAGCUCCACUCCAACCGUCUCAAGAAAGAGGCCAUGCGCGCCGAAGCAACUUACAAAUCCGAAAAAGCCAAAGCCGACAAAGCAAUGAAGAACCGCGAAUUCCAAAUCGCCCGCAUCCACGCCGGGUCCGCCGUCCGCGAAAAACGCCGCCAAGUCACCCUGAAAUCCGAAGCUGCCCGAGCCGACGUGAUCAUCAACGAACUCAAGGCCGCACAGAGCACCCGCGACACGUCACGGACACUCGCGAUGGCCUCACGGGGUCUGGACGCGGCGUCGAAGAGCGUGAACCUGGAGCACCUGGUGGCGCAUGCAAAUAAUUUCCUCGCUCGGUCGGAGGACUUUAAGAUUGCGAGCAGUGCGAUUGAGGAUGUGGCGCAGGGAGUGUCGAUGCAAGAGUAUGGAGCUGAAGGAGAGUCGGAGGUGGAUCGGAUGAUGGAGCAAUUGGCGGAUGAUGCGGGCGUUGAUAUGCGUCGGGCGUUGGAUGCCGAUCGCGCUCCGGAGGCGGAGGUGAAGGAACAGCAACAGCAGCAGCCUGCUGAGGUCGAGGAUGGGUUGGAAUCGAGACUGCGGGCUUUACGGGCUUUGACUUAG